UCAGCCGCGGCGGCGGGGCGGGGCGGCGGCGGGCCCGGUGACGGCGCGGCGCCGCCGCCAUGGCGCUGUCGCCCUACGUGCAGGCCAUGCAGGAGCUGUUCCGCGCCAACACGCGGAGCCGCGAGUUCCCGGCGCACGGCGCCAAGGUGCACUCGGUGGCCUGGAGCUGCUGCGGCCGCCGCCUCGCCUCCGGCUCCUUCGACAAGACCGCCAGCGUCUUCCUGCUGGAGAAGGACCGGCUGGUGAAGGAGAACAACUACCGAGGUCACGGGGACAGCGUGGAUCAGCUCUGCUGGCAUCCCAGCAACCCUGACCUCUUCGUCACAGCAUCCGGGGACAAAACUAUCCGCAUCUGGGAUGUCCGCACCACCAAGUGCAUUGCCACUGUCAAUACCAAAGGGGAGAACAUCAACAUCUGUUGGAGCCCUGAUGGACAGACCAUUGCAGUGGGGAACAAGGAUGAUGUGGUAACUUUCAUUGAUGCCAAGACGCAUCGCUCCAAAGCUGAGGAACAGUUCAAGUUUGAGGUGAAUGAGAUCUCCUGGAACAAUGAUAAUAACAUGUUCUUCCUCACUAACGGGAAUGGCUGCAUCAACAUUCUCAGCUACCCAGAGCUGAAGCCUAUUCAGUCCAUCAACGCCCAUCCUUCAAACUGCAUCUGCAUCAAGUUUGAUCCCAUGGGGAAGUACUUUGCUACGGGCAGUGCUGACGCGUUAGUCAGCCUCUGGGAUGUGGAUGAACUGGUGUGUGUGAGGUGCUUCUCGAGGCUUGACUGGCCUGUGCGGACACUGAGCUUUAGCCAUGAUGGCAAGAUGCUGGCAUCGGCAUCAGAAGAUCACUUCAUUGACAUUGCAGAGGUGGAGACAGGAGAGAAGCUCUGGGAGGUGCAGUGUGAGUCCCCCACCUUCACAGUGGCCUGGCACCCGAAGAGGCCGCUGCUGGCCUUCGCCUGUGACGACAAAGAUGGCAAAUACGACAGCAGCCGGGAGGCAGGCACCGUCAAGCUCUUUGGGCUCCCCAAUGACUCCUAAUGAAACCGUGCCGGGGGAGGCAAUGCCUGCCUGCUCUCACGGGGAUGGGAGAGUGCUUAGUUAGUGUAGGUUGGGGUGAGGAGAUUGCCCCCCUCCUUGCCUGGUUGGCAGUGCUGCCACCUUUGGCUCAGCUCUGUGUGUACUGCUCUCGG